UCGGGCCAAAUUACAAGAUUCGUUGGCAAGUAAAAUGUUAAGGAUAUACAUUUUCAUCCUCGUUCUUUGCUGCGCUGGACACAUUUACGGAUAUCUUCUUCAAGAUAUGCAGCGAAACAUUGUGAAGAUUAUUACGUCAACUAGUCAUGGCAAUUUUGGCGACUGGCAUGAUCGUCAGUUUUGCGUCAAAUCUGCUUACGCAUUUGGACUCCAAAUAAAGGUGGAACAACCAGUGGGCCGUGGAGACGACACUGCCCUCAAUGGAGUAAAACUCCAUUGCGCUUCUCGAGAUGAAACAAUUCACGGAUCAAUUUCUUCUGGUGUCGGCCAAUUUGGUUCAUGGAACAGUCCAACCUUCUGUCCAAGUGGACAAUUUAUGUACAAGUUCAGGCUAAAGGUGGAAUCGCCACAAGGAACUUUUGGCGACGAUACCACCGCCAAUGACAUCGUGUUCGAAUGCAGCCGCAUUGAUAGCAGAGGAUGCAAUUUGACUACAGUAUUUGCUGAAGGGGGAGCUCAGUGGGGUGACUGGGGUGAUUGGAGCGACGCCUGCCCAGUAAAUUCUGCAUUUUGUGGCAUACAAACCAGGGUCGAAGCACCAACCUCUGGAUCUGAUGACGGCUUUAAAUGACGUGAAAAUGUUCUGUUGUGAUGAUUAGGCCAUUCGAUAAGGCGUAAAAUGGUUGUGUGUUUCCGUUUGCACCAACGACCUUAAUUUGUUAUGCCAAUCUUAAACUUUUUUUGGUAUUCCAGGUUUUUUUUUAUUAUUAUUUUGCGAAAUGUGUUCAUAACCACUAAAUUUGCUUUAAAGGUUACAUACUUGUUGCUUCGUUUGAUCAUAUUCGAUUAUAUAAAAAAAAAUAACCCAGGAUAACUAGAGACAUAAAGGUUGGGAGGAGGUCAUUGUUUAUUAUUACUCAAGUAAGGAAUCGUUAAAAGAUAAGUCCACGAUAAAACGAUAAGCCGACCUAACUACCCGUUUUUGGCGAUGUCAUUGGAAAUAAAUAAAUUACUCUUUCUUUCAUGCAUUUAUUACAGAUUGUAUCCACUUUGCAAGAAAACAAUUUUAAAAGCAUUUUUUGGAAAAAAAAGCAAUUUGUCCUUAAUACUGUUGUUUUAUAAGUGACUUAAAUGAUAUUAUAAUUCAUAUUUUCAAAUUAGUAUUUCGUAAGUUAAACUAAUGCGAGUAAUAUCUCAUUACGUUUAUAUUUUUUUCUACAACAAUAUUGUUAAAAUGACCUUUUACAUCAACACUAAAUUACGUGUUUUAUUUUUUACCUACCAAUGGAACGGAUUUAUGCGUAAUCUUAUCAUUUUUAUUGAAACUAAAUAAAAGUUAUACAUACCCGUAA